CGUCAGUAUUCGAGCUCUCGAAUUCAUACCCAAAAGGGCAUAUUGCAUCUCGAAGCGACCGCCCAGCGUUCAUUCGUUACCAGCACAAAAACUCGCCAGGGUCAGAAGUGGAGCCUUCUGGGGGCGGACCGCAAGGACCGCAGCGAGCGCCGAGAGCGCAUACGAUCCCUGUCAGAGUGAAGUCGUUAUCUUCGACCCAUGGAGUAGCUGCACGAUCAUUUUGUCACCGCCUUCGAUACACGGACCGUAGCGUCGGUAACUUUCACGUAGGAAGCGAUGUCUUUUGAGCCCAGUCCUUGACACGGGGUACAAACACCUUCAUUUCGAAAGGAGCCUUCUGCAUAUCAUACUCUGCUUUAGCCUUACUUCUACUCGCACUUUGCAAUGUAACUUGGAACCACUCAACGUUCCGGCAGCAUCAACAACUCUUUAGAAACAAUGUCUGAAUCUGCAGUAUCAAGCAAGGAGAAGAGCUAUGAGGAUAUUGCACCUGUUCAGGUCCGUGAUACUGAAGUAGGAAAGAUGCAUGAUAUUGUCAACUCAGAUGACGAGUUGUUGAGAGAAAUUGGAUACAAGCAGGAAUUCAAGCGAGAAUUCACGAGGCUAUCCACUCUAUCCUAUGCGAUCUCUAUCAUGGGAGUACUUGGUUCCGUACCUGCAACUUAUGCUGUACCACUUUCGGCUGGCGGACCAGCAACCGCAGUUUGGACUUGGUUCGCCGGGACCUUUUUCUCCAUGAGCAUUGCCCUAUCCAUUGCUGAGCUUGUAUCCGCGUACCCAACAGCAGGCGGGAUGUAUUUCGUUACCAAAUAUGUCGUUCCCGAGAGACAUGUGCCUCUGGCCUCAUGGAUCGUAGGGUGGAGCAACUUUCUUGGACAAACAGCAGGCGUGACAAGUGUUGGCUAUUCUGUUGGUCAGAUGCUCUUAGCUGCUUGUGCAAUGGGUUCGGAUUAUGAUGAAACUACUGGGACAUUUGCGUAUACGCCGACCGCGGAGCACACCGUUGGCGUCUCAGUGGCUAUCCUCAUCAUCAUGGGAUUCAUUUGCUCGUUUCCUACGAAGUGGCUGCAUGAAUUUAUUCUGUGGUUCGCGCCGGUCAAUGUCAUUGCAUCUGUGGCAAUCUGCAUAGCACUUCUUACCUUGACUCCCAAUCUUAACCCGGCUAGCGAAGUGUUCGGAACUGUGACUGAUGGCUCGAACUGGAAUUCGAAAGGCUUCUCGUUCAUGAUUGGUUUUCUCUCGGUUGCAUGGACUAUGACAGAUUAUGAUGCCACGACUCACAUCUCCGAAGAGACCAAGCAAGCCGCCAUCCGAGGACCAGUUGCAAUCACUCAGGCAGUCAUAAUUUCUGGAGUUGUGGGAUGGCUCCUAAACGUUACCUUCGGCUUCUGCGCCGGUGAUGUUACAGCAAUCCUCGGUUCUGGCCUUGGUAACCCUGUUGCUCAAAUAUUCUACAAUGCAAAUGGCAAGAAGGCAGCUUUGGCAAUGUGGUUCUGGGCGAUCUUAAUCCAGUUCUUCACAGGAUGUGCAGCCAUGUUAGCAGACACAAGAAUGUGCUACGCCUUCUCCCGCGACCACGCUCUUCCAUUCUCCUCCACGCUGAAGAAAAUGAAUCCCCGGACUCAAACACCACUUCACAGCGUCUGGCUCGUAACCCUCCUCUGCUGCCUCCUCUGCCUCAUCGCGCUCGGCAGCGUCGAAACCAUCAACAGCAUCUUCGGCAUCACUGCCCCGGCGCUCGAUUGUUCAUACAUGGCCGUUGUCGCCAUGAAACUUUACUACGGCAAACAACUCGAUAUUCGAAAGGGGCCUUUUACAUUGGGAAAGUGGAGUAGAUGGGUUAAUUACGUGGCGCUGGCGUGGGUUAGUUAUGUUACUGUUGUGCUGCUGUUCCCGACCUCGAGACCGGUUAUAGCGGUCAAUAUGAAUUAUGCAGUGGUGGUGGGUGCUGCGAUUGCGGUUUUUGCGUUGGUUUGGUGGUAUGCUGGGGCGAGGAAGGUAUAUGUCGGUCCCAGAGUUGAUCAUGUUGAGGAGGAGAUCAAGUGAUCUAGAGUUUCGGCUCCCCUGAAUGCCCCACUCUUUGAACGAGCUAGUAGACGUUGGCGAGCAGGAAUUCUCCGAUCAGUUUUCCUUGACCUGCUCGACGUUGCUUCUUGCUUUGCAUUUGCGUUCUCCUCUCCCUCGAUAGAUAGAACUCGAUAAAUCACUGAAC